GCAAAACACAAAAAAACUCGUCCAUCGUCACUACAAGAAAAGGAAAAAUUCUCGUUCUGUAUCCUUUAUUUAUCUUCUCCUUCCCAUUGGCUACGAAAUUGAUAGCACUGACUCAAAGUGCUUCUCUCAUUUCUCUUUCCUUUUGAUCUUUCUCUCCCUCUGUAUCUGUUGGAUUUCUAGCUGUUCGUGAUCGCUGUUGUUUCUGCCAAAUCUGAGGAUGUUUUGAUGUCUUGACGGUGCGUGGUGACUGGAUCUGGAGAGGGGGGAAGAUUGAGAUUGAUUUUUGAUUUGGAAUCUUGAAGUGAAAGCAAGCUGGCGGCCACACUGGCUUGGAGGCUUUCUGCCAAUAACGGCAGCAGCCUUGCCACUAAUGACAUGGAGAAAAAUGGGGAUGCAAAACUUCAAGAUUCAGAGCCCCCAACUCCACAUUCAGUUAUAAAGAUGAGUACAAGGGAUCGUACCGGUAGCAUGGAGGAUCCAGAUGGGACAUUGGCAAGUGUUGCACAAUGCAUUGAGCAAUUGCGGCAGAAUUCAUCAUCUGUACAAGAGAAAGAGUAUUCCUUGAGGCAGUUGCUUGAACUUAUUGACACACGUGAAAAUGCAUUUAGUGCUGUUGGAUCUCACUCACAGGCAGUUCCAGUACUAGUCUCUCUUCUCCGAUCUGGCUCUCUUGGAGUAAAGAUACAGGCUGCUACCGUUUUAGGCUCUCUUUGUAAAGAAAAUGAACUAAGAGUGAAAGUCUUGCUUGGAGGAUGCAUUCCACCUUUGCUUGGUCUUCUCAAAUCCAGCUCAGCUGAAGGUCAAAUUGCAGCAGCAAAGACAAUCUAUUCUGUUUCUCAAGGUGGUGCCAAGGAUCAUGUUGGAUCAAAAAUUUUCUCAACUGAGGGAGUUGUGCCAGUACUCUGGAAGCAGCUACAAAAUGGGCUUAAGACUGGAGAUUUAGUUGAUGAGUUACUGACUGGAGCACUGAGAAAUCUCUCCAGUAGCACUGAGGGAUUUUGGCAGUCAACUGUGCAAGCUGGAGGAGUGGAUAUUCUUGUGAAGUUGCUCACAACUGGGAAGUCAAGUACUCAAGCUAAUGUAUGCUUUCUUCUUGCAUGUAUGAUGAUGGAAGAUGCAUCUGUUUGUUCCAAGGUAUUGGCUGCUGAAGCUACAAAACAACUGCUCAAACUUUUGGGACCUGGUAAUGAAGACUCUGUUAGAGCAGAGGCUGCUGGUGCUCUGAAGUCUCUUUCUGCCCAGUGCAAAGAAGCAAGGCGGGAGAUAGCUAAUUCGAAUGGUAUUCCUGUUUUAAUAAAUGCAACAAUAGCUCCUUCAAAAGAAUUUAUGCAAGGUGAGCAUGCCCAAGCAUUACAGGAGAAUGCAAUGUGUGCUCUAGCAAAUAUUUCUGGUGGCUUGUCAUAUGUUAUCUCAAGCCUUGGUCAAAGCCUUGAAUCAUGUUCUUCACCAGCGCAGACAGCUGACACUCUAGGGGCAUUAGCUUCAGCUCUUAUGAUAUAUGAUAGCAGUGCUGAAUCUACUAGACAAUCUAAUCCGCUAGCAAUUGAGCAAACUUUAAUUAAGCAGUUUAAACCUCAUUUAGCAUAUCUUGUACAAGAAAGAACAAUAGAAGCCCUAGCCAGUUUGUAUGGGAAUGCCAUACUCUCAAAUAAACUUGAGAAUUCAGAUGCCAAACGUUUACUUGUUGGUUUGAUCACAAUGGCAACCAACGAAGUUCAAGAGGAUCUUAUGAGAGCUCUUUUGACACUCUGCAAAGAUGAAGGCAGCCUAUGGCAUGCAGUUCAAGGCCGUGAGGGAGUUCAGCUGUUGAUAUCACUUCUCGGUCUUUCAUCAGAACAACAGCAAGAAUGUGCUGUUUCACUCCUUUGCCUUCUUUCUAAUGAGAAUGAUGAAAGUAAGUGGGCCAUUACUGCUGCUGGUGGUAUUCCUCCACUCGUUCAAAUUCUGGAAACAGGGUCUCCAAAAGCCAAGGAAGAUUCUGCAACCAUCCUCAGGAAUCUAUGCAAUCACAGUGAAGAUAUCCGUGCAUGUGUUGAGAGUGCUGAUGCUGUUCCUGCAUUGUUAUGGUUACUUAAGAAUGGAAGCCCUAAUGGGAAAGAAAUUGCAGCAAAGACUUUGAAUCAUUUAAUCCAUAAAUCUGAUACAGCAACUAUCAGUCAACUUACUGCAUUAUUGACCAGUGAUCUACCUGAAUCUAAAGUUUAUGUUUUGGAUGCUCUGAGGAGCAUGCUUUCUGUGGUGCCAUUUAAUGAUAUACUGCGUGAGGGGAGUGCGGCAAAUGAUGCGAUUGAGACGAUGAUUAAAAUAUUGAGCUCUACCAAAGAAGAAACUCAGGCUAAAUCAGCCUCAGCUCUCGCUGGGAUUUUUGAGGUUAGAAAGGACUUGCGUGAAAGUAGUAUUGCUGUUAAAACUCUUUGGUCAGUGAUGAAACUCCUAAAUGUUGAAUCAGAGAACAUCUUGAUGGAGUCCUCUCACUGCCUUGCUGCAAUAUUUCUUUCAAUUAAAGAGAACCGAGAUGUGGCUGCUUCUGCUCGUGAUACAUUGUCUUCCUUGGUUUCACUUGCCAACUCUUCAAUUCUUGAAAUUGCCGAGCAGGCAACUUGCGCCCUAGCAAAUCUUAUUUUGGAUAGUGAAGUCUCAGAAAAAGCUACUGCUGAAGAAAUUAUUCUGCCUGCUACAAGAGUUUUACGAGAAGGCACUGUUUCAGGAAAGACCCACGCAGCAGCAGCUAUUGCACGCCUUCUCCAUUCAAGGCGAAUUGAUCAUGCUGUUACUGAUUGUGUGAACCGUGCUGGAACUGUUCUUGCAUUAGUUUCAUUUCUGGAAUCUGCCAGAGGUGAAUCUGAUGCCACAUCAGAGGCACUAGAUGUUCUUGCUAUUCUGUCAAGGUCAGAAGGGGCUAGUGGACAAAUAAAACCUACGUGGGCAGUUUUGGCUGAAUUUCCAAGAAGUUUAACUCCGAUAGUUUCAUCAAUUGCUGAUUCACCACCUCUGUUACAGGAUAAAGCCAUUGAGAUAUUGUCACGUGUUUGCCGAGAACAACCUGUUGUCUUAGGAGACACAGUGGCUACUUCUUCUGGUUGUAUAUCAUCCAUCGCUAGACGGAUCAUCAGUUCCACCAACCCAAAGGUUAAAGUUGGGGGGACUGCACUUCUUAUAUGUGCAGCAAAAGUUAACCACUGUAGAGUGUUGGAAGAUCUUGAUCAAUCAAACUCAUGUACCCAUCUUAUUCAAUCACUUGUGGCAAUGCUUGAUUCUGCAGAGACUUCUUUGGCCAAACAAGGAGAUGAUUAUCAUGAGGCCAUUAGCAUCUGCAGGCAUAUUAAUGAAUCCAGGAAUAAAGAAUCUGAUAUGGGAACUGCUGUUAUUUCUGGUUACCAUUUAGCUAUAUGGCUGCUUUCUGUUCUUGCUUGCCAUGAUGAGAAGAGUAGAACUGUGAUAAUGGAGGCUGGAGCAGUUGAAGUUGUCACUGAAAGAAUCACCGAGUACUCUUCACUAUAUGCUCAGAUUGAUUUUAAAGAAGAUAACAGCUUGUGGAUUUGUGCAUUGCUGUUGGCAAUUCUAUUUCAAGAUAGAGAUAUCAUUCGGUCACAUGCAACAAUGAAAUCCAUACCAGUACUUGCUAAUUUAUUGAAGUCAGAGGAGUCAGCAAACAGAUAUUUUGCUGCACAAGCAAUUUGUAGUCUUGUUUGUAAUGGCAGCAGGGGGACUCUUCUCUCUGUUGCAAAUUCUGGGGCGGCCAGUGGGCUGAUCUCCUUAGUUGGCUGCGCUGAUACUGAUAUACAGGAACUUCUUGAAUUGUCAGAGGAGUUUGCAUUGGUGCAUUACCCAGACCAAGUUGCUCUUGAAAGGUUGUUUAGAGUUGAAGAUAUUAGGACAGGUGCUACUUCUAGGAAAGCAAUACCGGCAGUUGUUGAUCUACUCAAGCCAAUUCCAGACCGUCCUGGUGCCCCUUUUCUUGCACUUGGUCUUCUGACUCAACUUGCAAAAGACUGUCCAUCAAAUAAGAUUGUUAUGGUAGAAUCAGGAGCUCUGGAAGCACUGACCAAGUAUCUUUCUCUUGGCCCUCAAGAUGCAACUGAGGAGGCUGCUACUGAUCUCUUAGGAAUCCUAUUUAGCAGUGCUGAAAUUCGAAGACAUGAGUCUGUAUUUAGUGCUGUGAAUCAGCUUGUAGCAGUUCUACGCCUUGGUGGGAGAGGUGCUAGGUAUAGUGCUGCUAGAGCUCUAGAAAGUCUUUUCUCCGCUGACCAUAUCAGGAAUGCAGACACUGCCCGACAAGCUGUUCAACCUUUAGUGGAGAUUCUUAAUACUGGAUUGGAGAGAGAGCAGCAUGCUGCCAUUGCAGCAUUGGUUAGGUUGCUGAGUGACAACCCAUCAAGAGCCCUUGCUGUUGCAGAUGUUGAAAUGAAUGCAGUAGAUGUACUUUGCAAGAUACUUUCAUCAAAUUGUUCCAUGGAUCUAAAAGGGGAUGCUGCUGAGUUGUGUGGUGUUCUUUUUGGAAAUACAAGAAUCAGGUCCACAAUGGCUGCAGCUCGUUGUGUUGAGCCUUUGGUCUCUCUUCUUGUAACUGAGUUCAGCCCUGCUCAGCAUUCAGUUGUGCGUGCAUUGGAUAAACUAGUAGAUGAUGAACAGCUGGCAGAACUAGUUGCUGCUCAUGGUGCAGUAAUUCCUCUUGUUGGCCUUCUCCAUGGUAGGAAUUACAUGCUUCAUGAGGCUAUCUCUAGGGCUCUUGUGAAGCUGGGAAAAGACAGGCCUACUUGUAAGAUGGAAAUGGUGAAAGCUGGAGUUAUUGAGAGCAUACUUGAUAUCCUUCUUGAGGCACCAGAUUUCUUGUGUGCUGCUUUUGCAGAAUUGCUCCGGAUACUGACAAAUAAUGCUACCAUUGCCAAAGGAGCAUCUGCUGCAAAGGUGGUUGGGCCCCUUUUCCUAUUGCUGACAAGACCAGAAUUUGGCCCUGAUGGACAGCAUAGUGCUUUGCAGGUCCUUGUAAAUAUUCUAGAGCAUCCACAAUGUCGCGCUGAGCACACAUUGACCUCUCACCAAGCUAUUGAACCACUUAUCCCACUGCUUGAUUCUCCAGCUCCAGCAGUGCAGCAAUUGGCAGCUGAGCUUCUUUCAAAUCUACUCUUGGAAGAACAUCUUCAGAAGGAUGCAGCAACACAGCAAGUAAUUGGUCCCCUAGUAAGGGCUCUUGGUUCUGGCAUACACAUAUUGCAGCAGAGAGCUGUCAAGGCUCUUGUUGGCAUUGCCCUUACAUGGCCAAAUGAAAUUGCAAAAGAGGGUGGUGUGAAUGAGUUGUCCAAAGUGAUACUGCAGGCUGAUCCUUCACUUCCUCAUGUCUUAUGGGAAUCAGCCGCUUCUGUUUUAUCCAGUAUUCUGCAAUUCAGUUCUGAAUUCUACUUGGAAGUUCCUGUUGCUGUGUUGGUAAGGUUGCUCCGUUCUAGCUCAGAGAGCACAGUAAUUGGUGCUUUGAAUGCUCUUCUGGUGCUGGAAAGUGAUGAUGGAACAAGUGCCGAAGCAAUGGCUGAAAGUGGUGCUAUUGAGGCUCUUUUAGAACUCCUAAGAGCUCAUCAGUGUGAGGAAACAGCUGCAAGGCUGCUGGAAGUAUUACUUAACAAUGUGAAGAUCAGAGAAACAAAAGCUACUAAAUCUGCUAUCUUACCAUUAUCACAGUACCUUCUGGAUCCGCAAACCCAGACUCAGCAGGCAAGGUUAUUGGCAACUUUGGCUCUUGGUGACCUUUUCCAGAAUGAGGCCCUUGCUCGAAGUACUGAUGCUGUUUCAGCUUGUCGUGCUUUAGUUAACGUGCUAGAAGAGCAACCUACAGAAGAGAUGAAGGUGGUAGCUAUAUGUGCCUUGCAAAAUCUUGUAAUGUACAGUCGAUCAAAUAAGAGAGCAGUUGCAGAGGCUGGUGGUGUUCAAGUUGUACUGGAUUUGAUUGGUUCAAGUGAUCCAGAGACUUCGAUUCAGGCUGCCAUGUUUGUCAAACUUCUCUUUUCUAAUCAUACCAUUCAAGAGUACGCUUCUAGUGAAACUGUCAGGGCAAUAACAGCUGCUAUUGAAAAGGAUUUAUGGGCUACUGCAAAUGUAAAUGAGGAGUAUCUGAAAGCCCUAAAUGCUUUGUUGGGAAACUUCCCACGUCUGAGAGCCAAUGAGCCCGCCACUCUCAGUAUUCCCCUCCUGGUUCAAUCCCUUAAAACAGGUUCUGAGGCAACUCAGGAAGCUGCCUUGGAUGCUCUUUUUCUACUCAGACAGGCUUGGUCCGCUUGCCCACCUGAAGUUUCGAGAGCCCAAUCAGUUGCCGCCGCUGAUGCAAUCCCAGUGCUGCAAUACUUAAUCCAGUCUGGCCCACCUCGAUUUCAAGAGAAGGCAGAACUUCUUCUGCAGUGUUUGCCUGGGACACUAGUGGUGAUAAUUAAGCGUGGCAAUAAUAUGAAACAGUCAGUUGGGAACCCAAGUGUUUAUUGCAAACUUACGCUUGGAAACACUCCACCCAGGCAAACCAAGGUUGUUUCCACUGGUCCUAAUCCAGAAUGGGAUGAAAGCUUUGUAUGGUCUUUUGAGAGUCCUCCCAAAGGCCAGAAACUUCAUAUCUCUUGCAAGAACAAGAGCAAAAUGGGGAAGAGUUCUUUUGGAAAAGUAACAAUCCAGAUUGAUCGGGUUGUAAUGCUAGGAGCAGUUGCUGGGGAGUAUACAUUGUUGCCUGAGAGUAAAAGUGGGCCUUCACGGAACUUAGAAAUUGAAUUCCAGUGGUCUAACAAGACACAGGAGUAAUUCUUUUUCGGUUGCAGAAGGAGAAUUUUUGGGGAAAAUAUGGAGUAGGGGAACCUUUCUUUUCAGGUUAUUUAUCAUGUCAGUGUACAUAGUCUCUGAGUUCUCGGAGUAUAGUCAUUUGUCAUGGCAUUUUUUUCUAAACCUAAUUUAUAUUUUAAGGGACUAAAUUAUAAUUAAAAAAAAUGUAGGCUUCUCUGUAAUUCUUGUAUUCAAUUGGUUGUGCACGUCCAUUUAAAUUAAAAUAAUUUUCUUCUU